AUGCCUUCUGGCGUCGUGGCCGCCAACGACUCCAAAAAAACGCCGCGGGUUUUGAAGGAGAACUUGUUUGUUGAAGUAAACCCAGGCCUCACUAGCGCGGAAGUGCGUGAGGCAGUGAAGACGUGGCUUUCCGUUGAGGAUGACCCUGACGUGUUGGAAGAGGAGGUAGCUAUGGAACUGGAGAUUGUAGAGAACAACCUGGCUAACCUAGCGGUUGAUGAUGACUCCACGGACGAUGAAGAUGGUGGGGGUAGACCAGAGUCGUGCGUAACAUCUUCGAUGACAGAGGCCGAAAUUCGCGGUAGCCUAGAGAAGGUUCGCUCCUACUUGUACGCGAACGGAAAGGAUGGGGAGUACCGCGAGACCCAGUACCUGCUCUCGAAAGUUGUGCAUUCGUUCACUCACAAAACUCAAGUGAAGCGGCGAGCCAAGGAGGGGGGGGAGCUGCAGGCAACUCUGCGCGACAUGUGGAGGUCGUAGAGUGUGCGGUACAAACGACCAGAGCUGUGUUUGGGGUGGCCUAUGUAUGUAUGUCUUGAAUGCGUGGCACCGCAUGAGACUACUACACAGGAGUGGCUGUACAUUGCGAUGGACGACAGUUUUGAGAAAUGUGUGCGUGGGUUCAAGCGUUCCAACAUAGCAUCUCGGUUAUAGUGUUGUUGAGUAAAACGGACAUAAAAAUAUGCUCCCUUUCACUUUUUUCAGUCUCCUCUCUCGUCAAACACGUAGUGGAGCCCAAUGCGCGUCUCUUGAGGUAUUCACCGCCUCUAUUGGCCCCGGGGAUGGUGAGUUGUGGUCCCCUGAAUUUUAAGUUAACUUCCCCGCCUUAAGUUAACUUUUUUUCGGGAAAACCAUGUGUUAACUUAAUAAGCGAGGUUCGACUGU